GAUCACUGCCCAGUGGUUCACUCAAAACCAGUCUCACUCAGCAGGGUAUCAGCUGCUGAAUAAGGGUUCUACUGUUUUCUUCCUCCCAUUACUGGAAAGAAGUGAGUCAUUCCCUUCAAACUCUCCUAAUCCAGUUCAUCCUUCAGUCCAGGUGGCACCCAGUCACCCAUGCUGCGAUGUUGCCGCUCUUGGGUAUUCUGAUGCUUUGGCUCAGUACACUGAUGGGUCCUGGCAAGUAUCAGGUGUUGGUUAAGGCACAAUGGCAGAAGGAUGCCGAAGCUUCAAUCAGUGUUCAUCAGAUUAACCACACCAUGCUGCUGAAGCAGCAGGCAAUCAUCUUCAAUCACAUCUACAACAUCAACAUGCCGCAAGAGUCGCUCUGUUCAGUCAGUGCGGACUGUGCUCUGGGGCUGACGAAACCUUCCAAGCCUGGGUACGCCGAUGAGUACUUCCGACAAAACCAGAGUUUGCAGAAUCAGGUGGGCUUCACCCACAACAUCUUCAUCCCCCAGCAGGCCUGUGAUUGUCUGACCAACUCGCUGCUCAAGAACCUCAUCGACCGUAUCGAGCUGCUGGAGAGGGAGGUCUCCCUGCUCAGACAGCAGUGCAUCACUGGGUACUCGGCACAGAGCUCGGUAGCAGGUGAAGUUGACUAUGCUCCCCUGUGCAGUGGCCAUGGGAACUUCAGCAUGAAGACUUGUGAUUGCAUCUGUGACGUUGGCUGGACUGGCAAGGGAUGCUCGGUGCCACUUUGCUUGACCAACUGCUCUGGGCACGGGGUGUGUGUCAAUGGGGACUGCGUCUGUGACCAGGGCUACAUGGGGCAGGACUGCAAUGACACAGAAUGUCUGCGGGACUGCAGUGGGCAUGGCCUAUGUGUAGAGGAAGAAUGUGUCUGUGAGGACCCCUACAAAGGUGAAGAUUGUGGCCAGCUGAAAUGCCUCAAUGCGUGCUCUGGCCACGGGCACUGUGAGAAUGACACAUGCCUGUGCUUCAUGGACUAUACUGGAGAGGACUGCAACCAGCUGAGGUGCUUGAACAAUUGCAGCAACAACAGUCAGUGUAGACAUGGCAACUGUUCCUGUCAGGAUCGCUUCCCCGGAGCAGACUGUGCAACAGAUCUGCCUACUCCUCAAGGACUUCGCUUCAAGUCUGUUACGGAGACAGCAGUGGAGUUACAGUGGGACCCUUUCCAGUUCACAUCUGAUGCUUGGGAAAUCAGUUUCAUUGCAAAGAGUAAUGAAGGAGGUAUGAUAGUUCAGCUUCCCACGGCAGUGACCUCCUUCAACCAGACUGGUUUGAGACCGGGUGAAGACUACACAGUCAACCUGGUCGCACUCAAGGAGCAGGCAAGGAGUGCACCAGCAACAGCAACGGUUUCCACCCCAAUUGAUGGACCAACUCACAUCACCAUUCGGGAGGUGGCUGACACCUUUGCCUUUGUGGAAUGGACACCACCGAAAGCCUACAUCGACUAUAUCCUCCUGGCAUACGCACAGACUGAUAGAACAUUUAACAAGUCAGUGCUGAGAUUGCAGCCCACACUGACCCAGUAUACCUUGCAGGACCUGAGACCUGCCUCACAUUACCAGGUGUCGGUCACCGGCAUCCAGGGACACAGACAAAGCCAGCCGGUGACUGCUUCCUUUACCACAGAGAUUGAUGCUCCUAAAAACCUACGUGUUGUAGCUCAAGGUUUCAGUAAGCUGGAACUGGAAUGGGAGAACAGUCAAGCUGACAUUGACAAGUAUCGGGUGGUCUACAGCACACUGGCAGGAGGCCAGUACCAUGAACUGUCUGUGGUCAAAAGUAAAGGGCCAACAAGCAAGAUUGCACUGACUGAUCUAUCGCCCAAUACUGAAUAUGGUAUCGGAAUAUCGGCUGUUAAGGAGAUGAAACAAAGUGUUACAGCCACCAUGAAUACAAGAACAGCCUUGGAUCCACCACGGAGCAUUGCUUUCAGCAAUAUCUCUCAUGAUUCGGUAACCAUCUCCUGGAACAAGCCCAAUGCUCCCUUUGAUUACUAUCAGAUGUUCUACCAUCCAGCCUCCGACCACUCGGGUGGAGUAGAGAGUGUGAACAUUUCAUCGUUGCUGACGGAAUACACCUUGAGCAAUCUGCAGCCUGCAACAGAGUACGUGGUGAAAUUUAAUACAGUUCAAGGGCUGGCCAAGAGUCUGCUGCUGUCAUAUACUGUGCACACAGCAAUGGACAGCCUGCAAGAUGUGCAGGUUGUUAACGUUUCUCCAACAGAGGCUCGGCUGAUGUGGGCUCCACCUCAGGCUGUGGUGCACAACUAUUUGGUGAUCGUGUCACAUAGCCAAGCUGCUGUAAAGAGGAUUCUUGUUGACGGGGCUCUGACACAGCAUCAGCUGACCCAUCUCCAACCGUUCACCAACUACUCCAUUGCCAUCUAUGCAACAAGAGGGUCCAUGACCAGUUCUCCUGUCUCCCUUCACUUUCUUACACCUCUAGAUUCCCCAAAGAACCUGACGGCCAGUGAUGUGAGCCAGAGGAGUGCAAGAAUUUCCUGGCAGGCUCCUGAGGCUCAGAUUGAGAAGUAUGUCCUGGUAUAUGAGGACAGCAGUGGGCAACGGAAGGAACUGAUUUUGGAAGCAGAGGAUACUUGGAUACAACUGGAGGGCUUGUUGGAAGCCACUGAGUAUACACUGAGGCUUCAGUCUGCAUAUGAUGCUCUACGGAGUUUACCAGAAGAAAUUAUUUUUACCACAGCAAGCCGUCUCUAUCCUUACCCCUGGGACUGUACUCAGCACCUACUCAAUGGAGACACAAUCAGUGGCAUUUAUGAUAUCUAUAUCAAUGGAAAGCCACAGCAAAACCUUCAGGUCUUCUGCGACAUGGUGACUGAUAAUGGGGGAUGGACAGUGUUCCAGAGACGACAGAAUGGGCUAACGGACUUCUCACGCAAGUGGGCAGAUUACCGUGUGGGCUUUGGAAACCUGGAAGAUGAAUUCUGGCUAGGACUGGACAACAUCCAUAAGAUUUCUGCCCAAGCCAGGUAUGAUCUGCGGAUUGAUUUGCGUGAUGGUCGUGAGUCGGUGUAUGCUGUCUAUGAUCGCUUUUACAUCAGUGAUGCCCGGAGUCUCUACAGACUAAGGAUUGGAGAUUACAGCGGCACUGCUGGCGAUUCCCUCUCCUAUCACCAAGGCCGCCCAUUCUCCACAAAGGAUCAUGACAAUGAUGUCGCUAUCACAAACUGUGCCUUGUCGUACAAAGGCGCCUGGUGGUACAAAAACUGUCACCGUGCCAAUCUGAAUGGGAAAUAUGGAGAGAACCGACACAGCCAGGGAAUAAAUUGGUAUCACUGGAAGGGUCACGAAGUUUCCAUACCAUUUAUUGAGAUGAAGAUCCGACCUCAUAAUUUUGGAGGAAUCUAGUGCAUAAGUGGGCAGUUCCUGCUUUUCUAAUAGCUUGAUUUAAUCCUCAAUGCUUCAUAGAUGUGGUAUUUAAUUAAAGAACCAAUCAUUGUAGUUCAGGCUCCUUCAACAGAUGUUCAAUUCUCCCCUGUUAAUGACCUGGGCAACCCUGGUCUGAGAGCAAAGAUUUGUUAAUGUUGAGCCCUUACCUCUUGUUGUGCUGAACUAGUUGUGGUGGCAAGUCUUCCAUGAUUUGUCAGUUCACCUGAAUAUUUCUGCAGAACGUCUAUUGCCUAUACAUCUCAUACUUGUGGUUCAUCCCAGACCAAGGAAUAACGUUACAAGUGAACAACAUUCUCCUUAUCGAUAUUGCUUGACUUUUGAGACAUUGCAUAGAACAAAAAGCAGCUGUUUUGAGGGGUCACAGAUGCUUACUAAAGUCAUUGAGACGGAGUCAAUCAGUAGGAAUGAGACCCUUUGGCACACCAUGUUCAUGCCAUAACUAAUCCUAUUUCCCAGUACUUGGUCCAUUGCCUUGGUGAAUCUGUACUACCUGUUAAAUGUAGAGAAGUCCUGCCUCUCCACUACCCACUCAGGUAUUGCGUUGCACUUUCCAACUACAUUUCUUCUUUAAGAGCCCACUCAGCCUCACCCUUCUUAAAACCAAACUGAUGCCCUUAAGCUUUAGAGUAAUAGUCUUAACGCCUCACAGAAAGAGGGCCUUCAGGCCAACUCAUCCAUGCAGAACAAGGUGUCCAUCUAAAUUAGUUCAAUUUGACUGUGUUUUGCUUUUAAACAUCUUCAAUCUAUAAACCUGUCCAAAUAUCUUAAAUCAAGGUUUCCCAGCCUGGAGUUCAUGAACCCAUUGCUUCAUGGUAUUGGUCCAUGGUAUAAUAAAGGUUGGGAACCCCUGUUUUAAAUGUUGUCUUUGUACCCACCUCAACCAUUUCCCAUAGCUGCUCAUUCCAUUUACAGACCACUCUCUAUGUAAAGAAGUUGCCGCCUUUAAGUCUUUCCCUUCUAACUUUAACCCCAUGCCUUUCAUUUGUUGGUUCCUUUUUCCUGCAAAAAAAAAGUUAGUGCUCAUUAACCCUGUUGAUACCCCUCAUGAUUUUAUACGUUGCCAUUCAGAUGUGGUCUCACUAACAUCUUGUCCAAAUGCAACAUAAUACCUCAACACCUAUACUCAAUGCAAUACUGUUACACUGAGAGCAGAACAUUUGUUGAUAAAGGAGGAUUUUGAUCUUCUCAUCUUACAGAGUCUAUUUUAAUUACCAUCAACUGUAUUCAAAAGGUAUUUUAAGCACAUAGGAUUUAGGGACCAGAAGAAGCUAUCUAAUCCCUCAACCACGCUCUGCAAAUGGAGUGGUUGGAAACAUGUUGGGACUAUUAGGUCUGAAUGCAAGGGCUGGCAGGGCCAGGUUAGUGAACAUGGUGAGACUGAUAGAUUGAAGUGCCUUUGAUUUAAUGUAGAGUGUUAUGUGUAAGGCAGGUGAACUUAGAGCCUAGAUCAGUAGAUUGAAAUACAAAGUUGUGGUAUUAGUUGUUGCAGGAGGGACAGGACUACAUGCUUAAUGUCCCAGGAUUUUGAUAUGAUAGAGAGGCAUAUAAAUGAGUUGGAGAAAUUGCACAGAGAAUGACACAUUUGCACUUAGAGAGGAUAUACUAAAAGACCCAUCCAGUGAGACAACGUGAGUAGAGUUCAGGAAUGAUAGGUACAAUUACUAAGAUGGGAUGCCUCUAUCAAUAGCCAAUGGGAGCUAUGUGAGCACAUUAUGGAAAGAUGUAAGAGUAACAGAGCUGUUGUGGUGGGUGACUUUAACUCCCCCAGUCUAGGACUUCCUUAGUGCAAAAGAUUCAGAUGGGACAGAAUUAAUUCAAGAUGGUUACUUGAAUCUAGACAUGGACUGGCCCUUCAGUGAAAGGACAUUUUGGGAGCAAAUUGCAAAGUAAAUUUCAAAUUCAUUCUUCCUGAAUAAGGAAGAAUAUGGACUUUGUGGGAAUUAAGAGAUGGAAAAUUAUGACAUGUCCCAGGCCCAGCAGACUUAGCAGCAGAGAGAAGGAGCAAGCAGCAUUUUGAAUGUUGUUUUUCCAGAUAUUAAAGGGAAGCAGCUUCUAGCAGAGUAGCAGUUUUGCACUGGCUGUUUUGGAGAGUGGCUAUAUUUAAACUGUAGGUGCUGAGAGUAAGUGCAGAGACUUUGCUUUAAGGAGAUCCAGUGAGAUGGCUGAGUAGAACAGCUAAGAGCAGGUAUGGCUCUUGUCAAAAUUACUAUUCUGAUUGGAGUAGCUGGGAUGGCACGUCAGGCAGUGGCAUGCUCCUUCUGCAGCCUGUGGGAGGCCAGUGGGUCCAGCUACACUCCUGACUUAUCUCGUUAUGAACUGGAGCUGGAAUCUGAUGUACUUAGGAAUUGGGGUUGCACGAUUAAUUAGGGGCAAUAUCACGGCUGCACCCAGAGGAAGUCUGCAUCCACUUAAUGUGUAUGGGUGGUACACAAGGUUGAGAAAGGUGUAAUCAGUCUGACGGGAUUAAUACUACAGACCCCCAGCAGCCAAGGAAACAUUGAGAAACAGAUAUGCAAGCAGAUAAUGGAAAGGUUUAAUUGAUGCACUUGGUGACUUCAACAUGCCCAACAUAGACAGGAAACUGAUUAGUGCAAAGUGUCACGUAGGGUAGAUUUAUUAGGUCCUUCCAGGCGGAUUUCUUACAUCUAUUUAAUUGUACAACUUAAACUUGAGAAGUUAGAUGCAAUGGUAUCACAACAUUUCCAGAUUGGCCAAAUCAGUGUUUCUGAGCAAACAGCAUACAAUUACCACUUUCUAUAAUUAAACCAUGCAGUAAAUUGUUGCAGGAAUUUUAUUUUAUGUACUUCAUGCUGCUGAAAUUUUGACUGCAGAACUUAAGCUUGAGAAGUUAGAGAAAAUGUUAUCACAAAACAUCCAAAUUAGUUAAUUAUGUUAUAUAGCAUGCAGCACACAAUUCCCACCUUCUAUAAAAGAAACCAGUAGUAGCUUGUUGCAAACAAUUUUAUUUUAUGUACAUCAUGGUGCUGAAGAUUUUUGUAGCAGCUAUUUGAUUGGAUCAAACUUCUCAAUCUUAAGUUGUACAACGUACCAAAAAUCUCCAGAAAGGUCAAAUCAGUGUUACUGAAUGUACAGGGUAAAAUUGCGACUGUCUAUAAUGAAACAAUGCAGAAGCUUAUUGCAACCAACUUUAGCUUAUAUAUCUCAUGGUGCUGAAGUGACAUUUAUUCUAUAGUGCAACCUAAGCUUGAGGUGUUAGACCAAAUUGUGUCACAAAGCUUUCAGAUUGGAUAAAUUAGUAUUUCUAAGCAAACAUUAUGAUGAACUUCCUUUUGCUGAAAUGUGUAGUGGUUUUGAAAAAAAAUGGCAAUUUAUGUAUUUUGCUCUGGAACACUGAUAAUCAACUGUGUGGUAGUUUAGUUAUACCAUUGGAUCUAACCUCUCGAGCAUAAGUUGUACAUAGAAUCAUAGAGUAAUAGAAAACUGCAUCACAGAAACAGGCCCUUUGGCUCAUCUAGUCAAUGCCGAACCAUUUAAACUGCAUAGUCCCAUCAUCCUGUACUGGGACCAUAGCCCUCCAUAUCCCUAUCAACCACGUACCUAUCCAAACUCCUCUUUAAUGCUAAAAUCAAAAUCACAUCCACCCCUCGUGCUGGCAGCUCAUUCCACACUCUCACUAUCCUUUGAGUGAAGAAGUUUCCCCUCAUGUUCCCUUUAAACAUUUCACCUUUCACAUUUAACCCAUGACCUCUAGUUAUAAUCUCACCCAACCUCAGUGGAAAAAGCCUGCAUGCAUUUACCCAAUCUUUACCCUAAUCUUCUAUGCUCCAGUGAAUAAAGUUCUAACCUAUUCAAUCUUUCCUUAUAACUCGGGUCCUCCAGUCCCAGCGAUAUCCUCGCAAGUUUUCUCUGCACUCUUUCAAACUUAUGUACAUCUUUCCCGUAGGUAUGCGACCAAAACUGCACACAACACUCCAAAUCAGGCGUCCCCGAUGUCUUGUACAACUUCAACAUCUCAACGACUGUACUCAAUACUUUGGUCUAUGAAAGCCAAUAUGUCAAUAGCUUUCUUUAUGACCCUAUCCUACUAUGACACCACUUUCAAGGAAUUAUGGACCUGUAUUCCCAGAUCCCUUUGUUCCAUCAUACUCCUCAGUGCCCUACUGUCCACUGUGCAAAACCUAUCUUGGUUGGUCCUACCAAAGUGCAACACAUCACACAUGCCAGCAUUAAGUUCCAUCUGCCACUACUCAGCCCAUUUACCUAACUCAUCCAGAUCCUGCUACAAGCUCUGAUAGGCUUCCUCACUGUCCACUACACCAAUUUUGGUGUCAUCUGCAAAUUUGCUAAUGCAGUUAACCACAGUAUCAUCUAGAUUGUUGACAUAGAUGAAAAACAACAACAGACCUAGCACCAAUCCCUACAGAACUCACUGGUCACAGACCUCCAGUCAGAGUGACAACUACCACACUCUGGCAUCUCCCACUAAACCCAUGUCUGAUCCAAUUUACUAUCUCAUCUGAAUGAACCUUCUUGACCAAAUUCCCAUGUGAAACCUCAUCAAAUGCCUUGCUAAGGUCCAUGUAGAAAACAUCACUGCCUUGUCUUCAUCAACUUUCCUGGUAACUUCCUUGAAAAACUGUACAAGAUCGGUUAGACAUGACCUGCCACAUACGAAGCCACGCUGACUAUCCUUAAUCAGUCCUUGUCUAUCCAAAUACUUAUAUAUCCAAUCUUUUAUAAUACCUUCCAAUAACUUUCCCACUCGUGAUUUCAGGCUCACCGGCCUAUAUUUUCCUGGUUUAUUGUUAGAACCUUUCUUAAGCAGUGGACCAACAUUAGCUAUCCUCCCAUCAUCUGGUACCUCACCUGUCACUGAGAAUGAUUUAAAUUCUCCCUGGUAGGACCCCUACAGUUUCUGAACUUGCUUCCCAUAGGGUCCAAGGGAGCACCUUGUCAGGCCCUGGGGAUUUGUUUACCCCAAUUGGCCUCAAGACAGCAAACUUCUCUUUUGUAAUGUGCAUACGAUCCAUGAUCUCACUGCUGCUUUGCCUCAUUUCUAUAGAUUCUGUGUCCCUUUCAACAGUAAACACAGACGUGUCACAUUUAGCUGAAACAUUAGCAGACGUCCAUCAAAUCAGCUCAGCUCAAAGGGUUUUCACCUCAUUCCUCAAAAGCUCCAUCUCUGUGGCAUCAGGGGUUACUUUAGCAACAGAGGCUACCACCAAAGGCACUUGGAAAUGUUCUGAUUCUCAAUGUUCUGCUUUUCCUUCUCUCCAACUUCUCUGAGCAACUCAGUAAAAGAUGGAGGAGGCUGCAUCUUGUGGGUCAUUCAAAUGCGUAGAGCAAUCAUGUCAUGCGACAGUGUGACCUUCAUCACUUGCUCCACCCUCAAACAAUUUCUCUCAGACAGUUGAAUGCCCUCUUUGUUGCACAAACAGUGCAGCGGUUUCUCUAACCUGAAAAUGUAGGCAACUUCUCUCCUUCCACCUGGAAUGUGUGCCUAAAAUUCAUCAUAAAAUCGGCUGAACUUUCAGUAGUGCUGAAAGCAUCUUCCAGAACUUGCAGGUAAUUAGCUGACAUGGCUAAAAAGGUUUCUGCCUUGAGGGACCUCAGUAUAUCAGCCACCGGACCCUUUAAACUCUCCACCAGUCUCUGUUUUCCCAUAUUAUCUGAGCACUGCCAUUCAUCCAUUAACUGAGACCUCUGCUCAGCACAAACCUCAUAUUAUUCUUUCCCAUCAGGUGUGAGCUCAACUCCUGAGAACAUUCUCAACCUACAAUGACUUUGGCUCUCUGCAGGUAUACUUUGGCACUUAUGUAAUAGACAACCCAUCGAAAACUAAUCUGCUUUUGGAAAUGUUCCUCUUCUCAAUCCAAGCUCUGCCGCCUCUCCAAGUUCCCCUUUCUUAUCGGGCAGUGCGACUUCAGUCUUGUCAUUGGCAGCCUGGACCAUCAUAACAUCCUUUCCAGCUGAUUGGUCAAAGUACUGUUCAUUCAGCGUAACUUUCUCCAAGACCUUGACAGAACUCAGCACUCUUACGUAGCAGUUCAUCGGAAAUUCGAAUAUCUACCCUGCUCAGAACAGAAGCGUUACCUCUUCGAAUUGCUCCAAGCCUUAAUUGCCACGGCAUCCAUAAUAAAGUACCUUAAUUACAACACACCUCACUUUCCCAAACACCAGUUUAAACAAUGGCUUAAACACACAAAUAAACCACUUAAUCAAACCUUAAACAGCAUUCACACAGCAUCUGAAAUCCAGGACGAGCACCCCACAAAUCACAGCCAGGUGACUCAGCAAUGAGAUAGCCACCUUUCAUAAGCAAUGCCCAUCUAGGGGCGGUAUGAUUUGAAAUGCAAACAAACAGGAAGGUCCUAAUGUUCCAAUUGAGAAACACUGAUCUUUGCGAACACUGCUCCAUGCAGAGCUAUCUUCGCUAGAAAAUUAAUAGACCAUACACUGGCAUAAAAUUAUAAAGAAAUAUAUUUCCCAAAUUUGUAGUUUCAGGGGGGAAAAAAAGGAAAACAAAAGGGCCCAUUUCUGGAGUAGUCGGGGGUGCAUCACCUUACUCACACGCUGGACCCACAGUCUGCAUGAAAGCAGCCACCAUAACCUGAAGUUCCCUCGAAGACCGUGCCAAACAAACUGGCUCUUUCAUUAGUAUUCCCUGGAGCCAUUCAUUUGCACAAAGCACUUCUUACAACGGGGCUCUCCUUCAAGCAGCAUCUUCCGUUGUGCCCUGCCAGACUGCUGUCCUUUAGAAGUCUCUUCCUGCUUAGCUCUCUAGAAACUUCUCUCACAUCCCACAAUAGCGAAUGCUAACCACUACAAUUGCCAUGAUGCCCGCAUAAUGUUAUACAUGUUUUACUAUACAUGUGGAUCCAAUUUCUCAAGACUUCAGUUGCACAACUCAUUUGACACUCUUGACACCAUGAGAUAAAUAACAGAUAGGUGCUUAAAAGAAUUACCACAGUGUUUUUGAAGAAACUGGCAAUAUAUAAAUUUUGCUCUAGAAACACUGAUAUGUGGAUAUAACUUCACAGACUUAAGAUACAUAACUAAGUGAACAGUACUAGACAAUUCAGCACCUGGAACAACCAAAGGCAGCUUUCAACGGGGUGCCAAGAGGUUUUAUUAAGCAAUUGGCAAUCUUAUGAAAUCUGCUCUGGGAAACUGAUUUUGCCAUUCUGGAACUUUUGUGAUACAUACCUUCCCAAGCGUAGGUUGUUCUAUCAAAUACAUGCUACCACACUCUAUGGCAUCACCAAAUGCAUAAAAUAAGGUUGGUUUAGUUACUUCUUUGGUUUAUUAUAGAAAGCAGCAAUUGCAUGAUGUGCACUGAAACACUAAUAUACCAAGUCACUGGCUCUAACUUCUCAAGUAUAAGUGUCUGAACAAAUAAAUUUCACCAAACACUUCCACACCAGGAACUGCUGUACAUAAGAUAAGGUUACAACAUGGUUUUAUUGCAGAUAGUGGCAUUGUAUGCUGCUUGCUGAUUUAGUCAGUCGGAAAUUGUGUGAUAAAUUUGUAUCUACCUUCUUAAGCUUAAGUUGUACAAUCAAAUAAUGCUAUGAAAUACAGUAUAAAGUUAUUUGCAUUUAAUUACUAUGUGGAAUUAUUAAAGAAAGUCACAAUCAUAUGCUGUUUGCUCUGAAACACUGACUUAGCCAAUAUAGAAAUCGUGUGAUACAAUUGGCUCUAACGUGUCCUGCAUAAGUUGCACAGUCAAAUGAAUACUACCAAACACGUCCAUACCAGGAACUAUACCAGAUAAGGUCGUUUGCAACCAGAUACUACAUAGAAUCAGAACUGUCAAACAUCCCAAAAAAAAACACCUUGUGCAAAAAAAUAACAGUAAGCAAGUAGCGAACAUGAGUCCACAGACACAAAGCCUGGAGCAGGUCACAGCCUCAGCGCAGGGCAGAGCCCAGUAAACAUGACGGAGCAGUGAGCCGAACUGGCCCAGCCCUCACCUCUGGUCCCGACUGCUGAGUUUUAUUCAUUUGGGCUAUGCAUUUUGUUGGGACUUUCCCUGUUCUGGUGGUUAGGGGAAUGUUGGGUAAGAAAAUGGCAGCCUAGUGUAUGAAACAUGAACAGAGAAAGCAGUUAAAAGAAAAUCUUGUCUUUGCAAUUUGAAUGGCUGUGGG